CAGUUCCUACGUGAUUUUAGGUGCAAGAAGCUGCAGAUUGCUUGGGUGCUGACUGUGUGCCACGUUAUGUGGAUAUGAAACAAAUGGGAACCCUGGAUAUUGAAGAUAUCUUCCUGCAAUCUGAGAAGGAUGCUGUUGCAAAUCUUGAGGCUGGUUGGUUAAACAGAUUUGGGGAUGAAGUCAUUUCAAAACUCUGGAAUCGAUCUGGAAAAGCCUGGGAAUCACUGUUAACUGAGCUCUUGGAUGAAUCUGAGACAGAAAAGGUGGUUGUUGUGAUUGGUCAUCCGGCAAUUCACACAGCACUAACAGCACAUUGCCUGAAUCUGACAAAAGAAUGGAUGGGAUCAUUCCAUGUUGAUGCGGGGAGCAUCAGCGUCAUCGACUUUCCAGAUGAGGCUACUGGAAGAGGAGUUGUAAGGUGCAUAAAUUACACUGCUCAUUUGGGGAGGUGGUCAAUACCAAUUACAAGACCAACACUGGACGAUGAAGACUUUUAAACCUGAUCCUGGAUGCUUCUAAGCCUAAUUCCAACUAUCCAUUUAAUACUUUCAUGGUUGUUUAUGCUUAUUAUUACCCAGGCAAAUCACGUACAAGGUUUUGAUAGAGUUUGGAAGAAUUAAUCCCGCUGCUACAUUAUUUUUUUAAGCCUUAUUCCUGUAAAAAAAAAUUUAUAAUGUUACUGAAAUAUGGUGUCAGAAAAUAAUUACCAACUAGUGUUAAAUUUUGCUGCUUUGGAGUCUAAA